AUGACUGCCAUUGAGAGCUUCGACAGCAUAUACCUCGACCUCUCCAAGGAGAGCGGCAAGUGCAGGUUCGCCGAGACGGGCUUCGGGUGGAAGCCGUCCAACGGCGGCGACACCUUCACCCUCGACCAGAGCAACAUCGGCGGCGCGCAAUGGAGCCGCGCCGCCAAGGGCUACGAGAUCCGCAUCCUGCAGCGCAACUCGGGCAUCAUCCAGCUCGACGGCUUCCAGCACGAGGACUACGACCGCCUCAGCAAGGUCUUCAAGAACUGGUACAGCACCGCGCUGGAGAACAAGGAGCACGCCCUGCGCGGCUGGAACUGGGGCAAGGCCGAGCUCGCCAAGGCCGAGCUCACCUUCAGCGUGCAGAACAAGCCGGCCUUUGAGCUGCCCUACUCGGAGAUCGGCAACACCAACCUGGCCGGCCGCAACGAAGUCGCCGUCGAGAUGUCGCUCGCCCAGGACGCCAGCGACACCGGCGCCGAGGACCGGCUCGGCGGCGCCCGCGGCAAGGGCAGGAAGGCCGGCGCCGGCAGGGACCAGCUGGUCGAGAUGCGCUUCUACAUCCCGGGCACCACCACCCUGAGGCGCGAGGGCGAGGGCGACGGCGGCGGCGGCGACGACGCCGAGGAUGAGGAGGGGGCCGAGAAGAAUGCCGCCACCCUGUUUUACGAGACGCUCAUCGAAAAGGCCGAGAUUGGGGAGACGGCCGGCGACACCAUUGCCACAUUUCUCGAUGUGCUCCAUCUCACCCCGAGGGGCCGUUUCGACAUCGACAUGUACGAGGCAUCUUUCCGACUCCGCGGAAAGACGUACGACUACAAGAUCCAAUACGACGCCAUCAAAAAGUUCAUGGUUCUCCCCAAACCAGACGAGAUGCACUGCAUGCUGUGUAUCGGCCUGGAUCCCCCCCUGCGCCAAGGCCAGACCAGAUACCCGUUCGUGGUGAUGCAGUUCAAGAAGGACGAGGAGGUCACCAUCGACCUGAACCUCGAGGUAUCCGAGCUCCAGACCAAGUACAAGGACAGAUUAGAACCGCACUACGAAGAGCCGCUGCAUCACGUCGUGGCCAAGAUCUUCCGCGGCCUGGCAAACAAGAAAAUCUCCUCGCCCGCCAAGGACUUUAUCACCCACCGAAGCCAGUACGGCAUCAAGUGCUCCAUCAAGGCCAGCGAAGGCUUCCUGUACUGCCUGGAAAAGGCAUUCAUGUUCGUCCCCAAGCCCGCCACCUACAUUGCGUACGAGCAGACCCAAUCCGUCACAUUCUCGCGCGUCGGCGGAGCCGUCUCGACGCUCUCCACCUUCGACAUCACCGUCCUGAUGAAGGGCGGCGCCGGCUCGUCGCAGUUCAGCAACAUCAACCGCGAGGACCUCAAAGCCCUCGAGGCCUUCUUCAAGCUCAAGGGCCUGCGCGUCAAGAACGAGAUUGACGAGGACGCCAACAUGCUCGCCGCCGCCCUGCGGGAGCAGGACAUGGACGAGUCGGAUGACGAGAUCGUGGCCGGCAAGGCCGACCGUGGCUCGGCCGACGAGGACGAGGAGAGCGUCGACGAGGAUUUCCACGCCGACAGCGACAGCGACGUGGCCGAAGAGUACGACAGCGCGCACGACAGCUCGGGCUCGGGGAGCGACAGCGACGCAGAGAGCGGCGUCGACGACGAGGACGACGAGGACGAAAAGGAAGACGAAGACGAAGACGAAGGGAGGCCGAAGAAGAAGAAAAAGACUGGCUGA